CACCUCUGGAUGAGCUUUAAUGAUAGCUUGUCUCCUUGUCCGAUGAGGUUCCUCGGUGUAUGUCCAGAAGAAAUCAUGCUCUUUGACUUCUAAUGGAGGGGCUGCCGAUGCGGUAGUGGCUUUUUGCGAGACUCCUCGCAGACGGGUAGGAGUCUGGUCAUUGACGGAGCUCAUGGUGGUGAGGAUGGAGGUCGAGGCAGGCAUCUUGAACGAUUGAUAUGCCUACAGCUCUAUGAUAUGUACAGAGUAGGUAAAAGAAAAGCUUUCAAAGAUAGUGCUCUUCGUGGUUCGAUAUGUUGCUUCACUUUCUUAGUGGCGCCGGUGCCAGUUUCAAGGGUACCUUCACCGCCCAAUCGUUCCAGCCUGCAGAAGAACGGACCACAAGAUGCGCAGAUCAUAAUGCUGGAGCCGAAGCCCCUUUUUAAUGCUCGUUUCGCCACCCAUAAUUUUGAAGUGGAUCAUUUCACGCAUUUAUGUUCGAACUUCACGGUAAUGCAUCACAUUCAAGAGGACAGCAAUAUUGCAGAGCAUGUUUCUAUUGUCAAGCCUAGGGAAGACAGUCUACAAACAUCCGAUAACAAGGUUAUUCCGAAGCCCUCAAGCCUGAAUACCUCGCCAUUCACCCUGCCUUUUUUGCUUUGCAUGCCGAUUUUUUCCGCUUCUGUUCAUUCACCAUCACAACCUCUAUGAACCAGAUUCGCAAAUGUUCUGUCAUGCAUCAAUAUCUCAAUGUCGGUCAUAUCUCAUGGUCAGUCGUUUUUCAUAUCGUCGUAUCGUA